AAUGACUUUUGUAAUCCCCUUUUCGCAGGGGAUGAGAAGAGCAACUUUGCAGGUAGAGCUCCCCAACUGAGUACCAUGUGAAGGUCUGACAGAGCCCUUUGAUUCGUAGGACAGGAGAGACGACCCUCUUUCAAUCCAGAAGGGGAAAAUUCUUUGAACGUUUUUGUCUGCUUCAGUAGGCUUUUAAAAUAUCGUCUCUACCUGAAGCACAGGGGCACGUGCCUGAGCCAGUUUGCCCACUGUGGGGAAAGGAAGUCUCGGGGGCAUUCCGCGCGCCAUGGAGAAACCGUGGAAGUGUGGGGAUUGCGGGAAAGGAUUCCGCUCCCCGUCUGUGCUGGAGAUCCACCGCCGUGUCCACACCGGGGAGAGGCCGUUCAGCUGCUCGGUGUGCGGGAAGGGCUUCACCCGGCUGUCCAUCCUGCUGACCCACCAGCGUUUCCACACGGGGGAGAGGCCGUUCGCCUGCUCCGAGUGCGGGAAGGAGUUCGCUCAGUCGUCCCACCUGCUGUCCCACCAGCGGCUCCACAACGGAGAGAGGCCGUUCGCCUGCUCUGAGUGCGGGAAGGACUUCAGCGACUCGUCCAGCCUGCUCAAGCACCGGCGGGUCCACACCGGGGAGCGGCCGUUCACCUGCUCCGUCUGCGGCAAGGGCUUCACCCAGUCGUCCAACCUGUUCUCGCACCGGCGGGUCCACACCGGCGAGCGGCCGUUCAGCUGCUCGGUGUGCGGCAAGAGCUUCACCCAGUCUUCCAACCUGCUGACCCACCAGCGGGUCCACACCGGCGAGCGGCCCUUCACCUGCUCGGUGUGCGGCAAGGGCUUCCCUCACUCGUCCACCCUGCUGCGGCACCAGCAGGUCCACACCGGCGAGGGGGCCUUCACUUGCCUGGUCUGCGGGAAGGGCUUCCCCCACUCGUCCGGCCUCCAGAUCCACCAGCGGGUCCACACCGGGGAGCGGCCGUUCACCUGCCCCGAGUGCGGCAAGGGCUUCAGCGACUCCUCCAACCUGCUGUCUCACCGGCGGCUUCACAGCGGCGAGCGCUCGUUCAUCUGCUCGGUGUGCGGCAAGGGCUUCACCCGGCUGACCAACCUGCGGACGCACCACCGGGUCCACACCGGGGAGAGGCCGUUCACCUGCGCCGUCUGCGGCAGGGGCUUCGCUCAGUCCCAGCACCUGCUGCGGCACCAGCGGGGGCACAAGUGAUGGAGCCAGCCGCUGUGGAUCCAAGAUUUCACACUCUGUCCCAUUGAGUCUCCAGCCAGGUCCUUCAGCUCAACUGGUCGCUCUCAGUAUUUAUGACCCAUGUGAACUUCGCACCUUCCCCCUCACUUGCUCACACUUGAUCUCCCUUACAGCAGCAUUCCCUCCAGUUCCUUUCUCCCUCACGUCUGUAUCCAGCUUCUCCUUAAAUGCCGUCCACCUCGACCUGCUACUGUGGGAGUCAUUCCCGCUGCGGACAGAGGUUUCUCCUUUGUAACCUCUUCAAAAGAUUUACCGCUGACUUCCCCCCGCCCCCCCUUCAGUCUUUUCCAUUUCUGAGUCUCCCCG